AUGAGUCUAGGACGGGACCGUCUGCUCUCAGCUCGCGAGGUCGAGGACCUCGUCGCUGAUGGCCAUCUCAUCGUCAUCUAUGAUGGUCUCGCCCUCAAUCUUGACAAGUGGCUCGACAAACACCCUGGAGGCCACCUAGCCAUCCAUCAUGUCGUCGGCAAGGACGCCACAGACGAGAUCAAUGCGUAUCAUUUUGACAAGACCCUGCGCCUCAUGAAAGCUUUCCGCAUCGGACGGGUCCAGCUGCCUUGGACGAAUCUCGUGCCGCCCAUUCAAGGAGGUGCUCACCGCAGGCUCGGCGAGGCGGGUGACGACACCGAGGUGUAUGGUGACCUUGUUCUUACGGACUCGACCACGGAGGAGGACAGCACCGAGGUCUCGUCCCUGUUCAGCGUCCAGCGUGACCACUUGAGCUCCGACGAAGAUGAGCCCGAAAAGGUCGACAAGGGCCACGUAUUGCCAUCAUCGACAUGUCGUCUCAGGUCCAACAACAAUGUCACUUCGCCCAGCAAGGUCGUGGUGGACUCGGACGUAGCAAGCCCCCUGCCCACGGAGAGACUUUCUCGCGAGGCAUACACGGCCGCCAUGGAGCAGAAGGAAAUCGCGGAUGGUAUUAGGAGCUACCCUUCGCUGGACCAGGAGACCCAGGAUGCCAUCCGCGGAGAAUACCGCGCCCUGCAUAAGCUCAUAAAAGAGCAGGGGAUGUACAAGUGCAACUACUCUGAGUACGGCAAGGAGGCCAUUCGCUAUGCCAUGUUGUUGGGUGGUUGUCUGUACUUUCUUCACAUCGAGUGGUACAUUCCAUCAGCGGUCUGCUUAGGCCUGUUUUGGCAACAAAUCAUGUUUGUCGCUCACGAUGCUGGCCAUCGUGGCAUCACAGGCGACUUCAUCACCGACACGCUCAUAGGAGCCUUUGUUGGAGAUUUCUGCAAUGGCCUGUCGAUCGGGUGGUGGAAGAGCUCUCACAAUGUUCACCACCUGGUGACAAACAUGCCCGAGCAUGAUCCGGAUAAUCAGAACGUUCCCCUGUUCGCCACAUCGCCCACCUACUUCAAGUCCAUCUUCAGCUCGUUCUACAAGUUCCAGUUCGUGUGGGACAAGGUGGCAGACACGCUCGUGCCCUACCAAAAGUACACCUACUACCCCAUCAUGGCCGUCGCCCGCUUCAACCUCUACUUCCUCUCAUGGACGCACCUCCUCUCCCCGCGCGCCUCCCAGCUCGGCUCCGCCUGGUGGACACGGUACCUCGAGAUUGUCUUCAUGGGCUGCUUCUGGGCCAUCUUCGGCUAUGGCCUGGUCUGGCGCACGCUGCCCGACUGGCCGACCCGCAUCGUCUUCGUCCUCGUCUCGCACGCCGUCACCAUGGUGCUCCAUGUCCAGAUCACCUUGUCCCACUGGGGCAUGCCGCACUCCGACCUGGGCCCCACCGAGUCGUUCCCCCAGCGCCAGCUGCGCACCACCAUGGACGUCGACUGCCCCGCCUGGCUGGACUUUGUGCACGGCGGGCUCCAGUUCCAGGCCGUGCACCACCUCUUCCCUCGCGUGCCGCGCCAUAACCUGCGCAAAUGCCAGGCCCUCGUGCGCGACUUUUGCGCCCGGACGGAGAUUCAGUACCAGUGCUUCGGCUUCGUGGACGGGAACAAGGUCAUGUUGACGCGUCUGCAGGAGGUUGGAAGAAUGGUGGAUACGUUGGUGCAGUGUUCGGCACACAUGGCGGAGACCGGACACUACGAAAUAGAGUAA